AUGAGCCCGUCUCGUAACAGCGGUUGGUCCACUAAUUUUUCAAACGCCGCGAUCGCCUCCUCCUCUCGCUUCUGCGCCGCCUUCAGUCGUUUCGAAUACACACCCGCGUAUAUUCCGUUCUCCAACCGUUCGUGCUCUAAGCGCUUCAGCUCGUCCUCGCCGCUCGCCACGGAUCUCUCCCUCUUCAGUCGCUCGUCGCGUUCCGUGAUCGCUACGAGCUCGCGGAGCAAAGCCUCCCGCGCCGCUCUCGUCUCCUCGCGCUUUCCGUCCGCCAACAGAAGACCGCGUUCGCGUUCCCUCGUCGCAAUGCCGCGGAGCUUGCCGACGCACUCGAUGAAGAACGCCCUCCACCCGCGCCACGCGUAUGUAUCCGAGAAGAAGGCACAGGUACCGGCGCGGAUGCGGUCCUUCCCCGAUCGUUUCUUCUCCGUCACGAGCUUCGCCCACCGCUUCGUCGCGUCCACGCUCCUCCAGAACCCGUGCCGCGCGCACAGCCGCUCCCACACGUCCUCGCCGUCCGUGAGACUCGAUCGCAUGCGUCGAUCGCACUGGCGCAGCGCGCACACGGAGACGAAGUCGAGAUGGGCGAUCACGCGCUCCCAGAUCUCGUCGGGGAGACGCGGGAGGUGCGUCGUCGUCGUCGUCGUCGUCGUCGGCGGCGGCGGCGACAUCGCGCGCGCUCGCUUCUUCGCCAUCCCCGCCGCCGCCGCGUCGCGCGUCUUCCCUCCCUCACCGCGACCUCUCCUCGGUCGCGGCGUCGAACAGCCGAUCGAGCGUCGCGCUCUCGGCGUCGACGCGGUCGAGGAUCUCCCCUCGAAGCUUCGCGGUGAACCGAAUCGCGUCGUCGCUCACGGUGAGGCGCUCGCUCGCGUCUCCGUCGGUCGUCGCGCUCGCGGUCGCGCUCGCCGUCGUCUCCGCGCGCGCGGGCUCGACGAGAGAGGGCUCGACGAGAGAGGGCGCGCUCGGCUGCGUCGAAGUCGAAGUCGCGCGCUGCGACAUGGAAGGAAGACCGCGCGGAAGGGAGUGCGCGCGGUGGGGGAGGGCAUCGACAGAAAAAUCUGGACUCUCUCGCGCUUGCGCGCGCGUCGUUUACGUUUUAUCCUCUCGGAGGGCUCGAUCGCGCGUCGUCGUCGCACACCCGAGCGCCCCGCGACGGUCGUCCCCUCGAGAUGA